AUGAGUCAGAUAACGGUCAAAACAUGCGCCGCUUGCACAAAUGACAUUGCUUUAAACGAAAAAUGCUUGAUCUGCAUGCUUUGCAAAGAAAAAUACCAUAGCUUAUGCGUUGGUAGUGAAAUUGCGAGCUUAAAUAAGGACCAAAUAAAAUCCUGGCAGUGCCCGUCAUGUGCUAGUAAACGUCCAAAAGGAGAUAACUCAAAUACUCCAGUCCGCACCGCUACCAAUGAAAAGGUUACAGUUCGCAAACAGAGGGGUAAUAACGUCGCUCCCACCGCGGGCACCUCUGCCGCCCCCAACUGCGCUGCCUCCGCCGUUGCUGGGCCUACUUGCAACCUAUGUAUGACAAAGGAGGAGCUAACAGCUAUUAUCAGAAAAGAGCUGCAAGACUCGCUGUGCGUACAAAUUAAAACUUCAAUAAAGGACUGCAUAGCAACCCAACUUCGUGAAAUUACAUCAGAAAUGAACGACAUUAAGGAGUCUAUUAAGUUCUCGUCCGACAAGUUUGAGGAGUUCAAGUCGGAGGUAAUAUCGUUCAAGAAAAACGUGCAAAUCAUUCAGAAAGAGAACGAGAACCUUCGUUGUACGGUAUCUUCCCUCCAGCAGCGCGUAAACCAGCUGGAACAAUUUUCCCGUGCGUCUAACCUAGAAAUUCAGUGCGUUCCCGAGUUCAAAGCUGAGAAUCCUUCAAACAUAGUCCAACAACUGAGUAAAGUCAUCGACUGUGAGGUCCAGGACAAAGACUUAGUUUUCUGUUCUCGAAUUGCAAAAGCUAACCCCCAGAGCUCCCGCCCCCGCUCCCUUCUAGUAAAGUUCCAGAACCAACAGCAAAGAGAUGCCUAUCUUACGGCUGCCACCAAGUUUAACAAAGAACAUCCCACAGAUAAGUUGAAUACUAGCCAUCUAGGCAUCGCGAACGAAAAGAAUACAGCUGUCUACGUGGUGGAGCACCUAACUCCCGAAAUUAAGUCCCUACACGCUGCUACCCGGCAAAAGGCAAGAGAAAUCGGAUAUAAAUUUAGUUGGGUACGAAAUGGACGAGUGUUUAUAAGAAAGAAUGAAUCCUCAGAAUAUAUCUACGUUCGUGAUGCGGAUGUUUUAAAAACACUUGGUAACUAA